AUGGCGCAACCUACACAGGAUUCAUCACACCUGCGCAAGCAGGACCUCGCAAGCCUCGACGUGACCAAGCUGACGUCGCUGUCACCCGAGGUGAUCAGCAGGCAGGCAACCAUAAACAUCGGAACUAUUGGCCACGUCGCGCACGGGAAGUCGACCGUCGUGCACGCGUUAUCGGGUGUGCAUACCGUCAGGUUCAAGCAUGAGAAGGAGCGCAACAUCACCAUCAAGCUUGGGUAUGCCAACGCGAAGAUCUACAAGUGCACGAACCCCGAAUGCCCCGCACCAGACUGCUACAAGUCUUAUGGAAGCAGCAAGGAGGAUGAGCCGCCGUGCCCACGACAGGGAUGCGGUCACAAAAUGGAGCUCAAGCGCCACGUCUCCUUCGUCGACUGCCCGGGACACGAUAUUCUCAUGGCCACGAUGCUUAACGGAGCGGCGGUAAUGGACGCCGCUCUGCUGCUGAUAGCCGGAAAUGAGUCGUGUCCGCAGCCUCAGACGUCGGAGCACCUUGCGGCCGUGGAGAUCAUGAGGCUCAAGAACAUCAUCAUCCUGCAGAACAAGGUUGAGCUCAUCAAGGAGUCGCAGGCCAUACAGAGGCAGGAGGAAAUCAAACGCUUCGUUUCCGGCACCGCCGCCGACAAUGCGCCGAUUAUCCCCAUCAGUGCCGUCCUCAACUACAACAUCGACGUCAUCUGCGAGUACCUGGUGACGCAAGUCGCCGUCCCCAAGCGCGACUUCGUCCUGCCACCGCAGAUGAUCGUCAUCAGGUCUUUCGACGUCAACAAGCCCGGAGAGCUGGUGGAAAACCUGCAGGGAGGCGUUGCUGGAGGAAGCAUCCUCCACGGCGUGCUCAAAGUGGGCGACCAGAUAGAGUGCCGUCCCGGCAUAAUCUCAAAGGAUUCUAACGGCAACAUUCAGUGCAAGCCAAUUAUUUCGCGUAUUGUGUCACUGUUUGCGGAGCAAAAUGACCUCCAGUUUGCCGUGCCAGGAGGCCUUGUUGGUGUUGGAACUGCCAUGGACCCGACCCUGACUAGGGCCGACAGACUCGUGGGCCAGGUUAUCGGCCACGUCGGCAAACUUCCCGACUGCUUCAUUGAAAUUGAGAUGUCAUACUAUCUCCUGAGGCGCCUUCUCGGUAUCAAGGCACCCGACGGUGACAGGAGCACCAAAGUGUCUAAACUGAAGAAGGGUGAGUUCCUCAUGAUCAACAUCGGAUCAACCUCUGUCGGUGGCCGUGUCAGCGGAAUUAAGCCUGAUAUGGCCAAAUUCGAGCUCACGGGCCCCGUCUGCACCCGUGUCGGCGACAAGGUCGCUCUCAGCAGGAGGGUGGACAAGCACUGGAGACUUAUCGGAUGGGGACAAAUCAACAAAGGCAAGGCGCUCACCUUGCAGAAGUCGCUUUGA